AUACUUUCUAUUAUAAUAGUACAAUAUUUUUUGAAAUUACACUACUUCAACAUCUCUUUAUUAUAAGUUAUUGAAUUCUUUUUAUCGGCUGCAACGUAACACUAGAAAAUGAGCAACGUAAAAUUAGAAAAUGAUUCAUUAGAAUGGUUAGUAAAUUCAAGGCUAGCUUAAGAACUCAAGGCACAGAAAAAGAGAGAAAUCUUUUUAUUCAACGACUAUGGACGAGUAUGGAAUAAAAUAUUAAAACAUUAUAACUAUGUUCAUAAAAUUUGAUAUUUAAUUACAGGAUGUGGGCUUUGUCAUUGCUUUAUUGUUGGAUUAUGUGGUAUGUGUGCAUUUGCAGAAGCUUGCGUUCUUCCAAUUAUUUUAGUUAUAAUCCCAUUUAUGGCAUGUGAUUUAAGCCUAAAUACAAGCCAAGUGACUACUGUGUAUGCUAUGUUAACUUUAGGUACAUAUACAUAUAUAUAUAUAUAUAUAUCGAUAGAUUAUACAAAUGUGGCUUAUUAGUUUAUGCAUUUCUUACAAGAAUAUGACCAACUGAUAAUUGUUAAUUAUCAACAAAAAUUUACGUAUGUAAAUACAAGUAAAUCAAAAUUAUAUACAAUUGAAUAAGGUGAAAUAUGGUUUCAACGCUAUUUAGUUCCUCUGCUGCCGUAAAAACAAAGAUAAAGAAAUCUCAUAAGUUAAGCAAGAUAAAAAAAGAGAUUAUGAAACAAUGAUUAAAAAAGCAUAUUGCUUAGUAGAUAGAAUUUGUCGAUGUUGAGAAAUAAUGAAGAAAUCUUAGAUGAUCAUGAAAGUGAUCAUGAAAGGGGUUCUUUCUUACUAUCUUUUUAACAAUAUUAGUAACUAGUAAUGACGUCACAGGUCAAUUAUAUGUUAAUAUAAAUUACAAUGAUAGUAUAACCAGAGUUGUACCAACUAACCAAAUUUCUCCUCUAGUAUAACUAAUCAAGCGAGGUUCUCUUGCCAUUACUUUAACAAUAAGCGGAAAAUAAUCUGAUCACAUAUCAGGCAAUUACUGGUUACAUAAACCCUGUAAUCUCCUUGGUAGAAUGAAAAAUAACUGGUUAGCAGAGACCGUUUUAAAACCUCAUUGAUCCUAAUUCAAUGAUGUUAUAAAUCUUUUUACUUUGUGUCUUUACGUUUCCAAAUAAAAUAUAUUUAAAAUAAAUUAUAAAAUAUUGUAUAUUUAGAUAAUUUAUAAUAUUUGAUGAAAAUAAGAUUGUGUAUAGGAAUGGCUGUAGGAGCAUUUGUAUUCGGAAUAAUAAUCGAUGCAAGUGGACGUAAAGGAUCGAUUCCCGCCACUAUGAUCGCUGUGUUUUGCGCCACUAUCAGUUUAUCCUUUGCGCAAACUACUUUCCUAAUAUACCUUUCAAUAUUUGUACUUGGACUGGGAUUAGCCGGUAAUAACGUGGUUUUAAGAGUAUAUGUAAUCGAAUUUUUGCCCAUGAAACGAAGAGGCUUUUGUUUAGUUGCUUUGGAUGUAUUAGGAGUUAUUGGUUAUGUGUCUGCUUUAGGAUUGUCAUGGCUAUUGAUGCCUUCGAUCGUGCGAUUACAAAACAAAAAAUUUCGACCAAAUUCUUGGCGAGUCCUUAUAGGAUUAGGAGGUAUACCAAAUCUGAUCAUGGCAUGUGCGACUAGUUUAUUACCGGCAAGUCCUAGAUACUUGCUUUAUCGGCGUCGGUACGAAGAAGCGUUAACUGUAUUACGGCAGAUCUAUGCAAUUAAUAAUUCGAAGCAUGCCGAUACUUAUACAUUACGUACUUUAGACAAUUGUGUUCGACCAGACGAGGAAGAUGAAGAAGAUACAGGAAAUGUGAGUAAAAUAGUGUGGAAAUUCUAUAUAAAAACACGCAAACGAAUCCGCAAGAUAUGCAGCACACCAUUUAAAUGUACCACGAUAUUAGGACUUUGUAUCAACCUUUUACAAUUUCCAGGAAUCAUUUGGGUUGCUCUUUGGAAUACGCAAUUGUUUCAAGAAACAGAAAACUUUAACAAAUCAGCAAAGAAGAAUUCUACAUGCGUUGUCGAUAUAGAGAACUUGGCAUUAGGAUUUUUGCACAAUUGUCAAGAAAUAGACACGGAUCGUUUCAGAAUUCUUUUCUAUCUAUCUUUGAGCUACAUAUUAGGAGAAAUUUUGUUGCUAAUUGGCAUCGAUGUUAUUGGUAGAAAAAUAUUUCUAGUACUUUCAGGAUUAGUGGGAACAGCCGCGUGUCUUGGUUUAUUAUUUACAGUUCAUAAUAUAGUACAAAUCGUUCUUUCAUUGAUCAUACUAGCAGCUUACGCGAUUGGUCGUACGACAACUUCGAUACUUUUACUGGAAAAUUAUUUUACCGGCGUAAGGGGUACGAUUAUCGGUUUAUCCAGAAUAUUUCCAUACUUGGUUGGUAGUUUUACUAAACUCUUUCUAAAUAUACAGUGUCUUACUAGUAUCUACAUUAUGUCAGGAAUUUUGUUGAGUGCUGCUGUUGCAGGGUCACGAAUGCCUGACCUAACCCGAUUACCGAUGCAAGAAUAACUUCUUAAUGUUCAUAUUUUUAUAAUCUCGAUAAAUUAUAAAUAAUUCUCUAUGUCUAAC